GUAGGAACUCCGGCUUACCUGAACAAUCGGUGUGCUUUCCGAGAUUCGGUUACAAUGGCGGAUUGUCAACAGGGCGGGACAUCAUCGAGCACAGACACACGAGCAGUUAACGUCGUCACCUGUGCACCUGCUACCAGUGAAAUUCCGUCGAAGGCAGAUGCUACAAGCGAAGUUCCAUCGAAGGCAGACGAUAGAAGCGAAGUUCCGUCGAAGCAUGAUUGUGCAAGCAAAGCUCUGGUCAAGGAAGAUGCGAAUGUGGAGUCCGGAUGCAAACCCAGUGAUGGGUUGGAGUUAUUAAGCGAAGUUGUUCUCACGACCAUUGUCCGCGAACAGAGCUUGGACACCGGACUCCCAGCCAGUGCAGUGACGACUGACAACACCGGACGAUGGCCGACACCAGUAAUGCAGACUCCCGAGAACACCGUAGCAGUUCCAUUUGAGCCAUCUCCUCAUGCAGUUGUAGUGAAAUCGCCAACAGCAUCACCGGAAAUUCUGGAGAUAUCGGCAUCAGACUUCUUCCGAUCGGUGGAUAACCAGCGCGCCGAGAGACGUCGCAGCGGUAGGGUGGCGUCACAUAUUCGCCACUCCCUUCUCAGGACUUUCACUGACGUAGCAGGUCCAGCUGUAGAUGCGGUCAUAUUUAGCGGAUGUGCAAGUAGCUGUCCAUCCGGACGUGUGGUCCGUCCCAUGGGCCCACUACCGAUGACCAGCAUGUCGCCGUAUGCAGUCGCGGGUGUAGAGGAUAGUGAAUCAGGAGACACGGAGCUAGUUAACGUCGACAACUUUAUUGACAUGACCGUCGGGGUCGAUUCGAAAUCAGGAAGUCAGUCGUCCGAUAGCGACGCCGAUGGAGCGCCACACGGCACACAACUGGAAGACAGUCAAGAAUGGGGCAUUGAGGAGACACUGGCGUUGAUACAGGCACGAGUAAGCAAGGACAACAAUGGGGCGCAGAGGCUUACAAAAGGGGACUGGAAUGUGGUGGAGGCGAUGAUGCAUUCCAAAGGAUUCGACCGCUCAAUUGCACAAUGUAAGCUCCGCUGGAAGAACGUAUGGUCAACGUACAAGGAAAUAUGGGAUCACGAGACGCGAUCGGGCAGGCCAAGUUAUUGGGCUAUGUCUGCGCGGGACCGGGCGCUGCACGGCUUCACCAUACACCUCGCACGCGAGUGGUAUGAUGAACUGAAUGCCUACAAUGAAAGACUCCUUGGAGAAUUGCAACGGCUUAUCACCACAGCUCCGCCAAUGCACCAUGAAUCUCCAGCGGCCGCGGGGGGAGCGAGAGUUGCCGGCAAUGCGAGAGCAGGUACCAGUGUCCGAACGACUUCCGGCGCACCUCCUCCCAUGGACAUCGCAACCGUACCUCGGCUUGUGGAGCACAACUUGCGACAGAUAGUUGGUGCUCGUCCACCCAGCAGACGUGGUGGAAACCGCGGGUCGGCGAAGCGGCAGCGCACGAUCCUCAACGCCGUUGAAAGGUCAUUGAUUCGUAUAUGCGAGACCGCCAUCAAGUGUUCGAAUAAGACUGCGGAGGCUUGGGAGCGGCAUACAGAGAAGAUGUUGUCCGGCCAGAAGGAUUGUGCUGUUUUUCUCGCUGACAAGAUGGAUCGGGGAUGGAAGCUUAUAGGUGACGUUGUGAGAGAAACGGCGACGCAGAUGGCAGAGGACACAUCAAGUGCGGACUCCGAAGAAUUCGUGGCUCGAUGCCGAAGGUCACCGUGACUCCUCCCGUAUCUGCCAACAUGACAAGGGUCGGAGGACAACGUCACAUGUGAAACCAGCGGGUACCUAAACCAAGU